AUGUCUACUUGGACGCCGCAGCCUGCAGGUCUACAGGAAAUCUUGCAGACUAUACGCGACUCAACUGAUACGCAAGGCAAUGUACAGCGAGCAAUCACUCAUAAAUUGAACACCUUUACACGUGUACCAGAUUAUAUUGCAUAUCUGGCAUACAUCUUAACCGCUCUCCCCCAAGAGGAAGACCAAAUCCGCACGAUAGCUGGGUAUCUAUUGAAGAACAACGCGCGUCUGCUCCUUAACGUAUCUCCGGAGGUGGCCGAAUAUGCAAAGUCGGCUGUUCUUCAAGCCUUCGUCAGCUCUCCUCCUUUGAUAAGGAAUGCUGCCGGUCAUGAUAUUGUUGCAUUCCUUGGUGCUCUUGAGCCUAGAAAUUGGCCAGAUUGCUUGCAGCAGUUGGUGAAUAUGCUAGAUUCGCCUGAUCCAGCUCUCCAGGAGGCUGCUUUCAGCGUUUUCGAGAAAGCUUGCGAGGACUUCCCUCGCAAAAUGGAUGUUGAGAUUAAUGGAACGCGUCCUCUGGAUUACAUGAUCCCCAAGUUCCUCGUGCUAUCGGAGCACCCAAUGCCGAAAAUGCGGUCACAUGCCGUUGCCUGUCUUUCAUAUUUCGUGCCGAUCAAUUCUCAAUCCCUUUUUGUCCAUAUCGAUGCGUUCAUCGCCUGCCUGUUCAAGCGCGCAUCUGACGAGGAUCCAUCUGUUCGAAGGCACGUCUGCCAGGCUCUUGUAUUGCUUCUUGCAGCCCGCCCCGAGAAGUUGAUGCCGGAAAUGUCGAAUGUCGCGGAGUACAUGUUAUACUCAACCAAAGAUAAGAAUGAAAGCGUGGCCCUCGAAGCCUGCGAGUUCUGGCUCACUUUCGCCGAGGAUCCUGACCUCGCAGCAUUCCUCCAUCCUCUCCUAGGACGAGUUGCUCCAGUAUUGCUCGAUUGCAUGAUUUACGGAGAGGAUGAUCUUCUCUGGCUUGAUGGCGACACAGAAGAUACCAACGUCCCUGACAAGGAUACCGACAUUAAGCCACGGCAUUACGGGGGUAAAACACAUGGUCUGGAUCGGGAACAGACAGAAGCUAAUGGACAGGAGCGGAAGCGAGGGGCAUACGGGGAGGAGACAUUGGACGAUGAGGAUGAGGAUGACUACGACCUUGAUGACGAUGAUUUUGCUGAUGAGAUGUCUACGGAGUGGAACUUGAGGAAAUGCGCUGCUGCUGCGCUGGAUGUGCUGGCUGUGAGGUUUGGUCCCGAGUUACUGAACGUUCUUCUUGGUCCCUUGAAGAAUAAACUCUGGAGUGCUGAGUGGUUAGAGAGGGAAAGUGGGAUAUUGGCAUUAGGCGCAAUGGCAGAAGGCUGCAUUGACGCGAUCGAGCCUCAUUUGACAACCCUCGUCCCAUAUCUAAUCAACACACUUAAUGACCCUAAGCCCCUUGUUCGAUCAAUCGCCUGCUGGACAUUGGGUCGGUAUGCAAGCUGGUGUACACAACCUAUAUCGGAGCAACAUAAGAACUCGUACUUUGUCCCGACAAUGGAAGGCCUCUUGCGGAUGGUCCUGGACGACAACAAACGUGUACAAGAAGCAGGAUGUAGCGCGUUCGCAACGUUAGAGGAAGAUGCCGGACCCGAGCUUGUACCCUAUUUGGAACCUGUCCUCCGGAAUCUGGUGUUUGCGUUCGAUAAAUAUCAGCACAAGAAUACGCUCAUACUGGCAUUGCAGAAUCCCGCAUAUGUGGAAAUCUUGAUGCCCCCUCUGACGUCUCGAUGGGCCAAAUUGUCGGACGAUGACGAUGAUUUGAUUCCGCUUCUUGAGUGCAUUGCGUCCGUUACAAUUGCCAUGGGACCGGCAUUUUCCCCUUACGCACUACCCGUCUUCCAGCGCUGUGUGAACAUUAUCCACCAGUCUCUGCUCCAGUAUCAGGCAUACCAGCAGAACCCCGAUCUCGACGAGCCUGACAAAUCCUUCCUUGUGGUGUCACUGGACCUCCUAUCGGGCCUUGCCCAGGGCAUGGGCAUGCAUCUAGAGUCUCUCAUUGGGCAGACAAGUCCGAACCUUCUUCAGCUACUGACGGUGUGUCUCAAGCACCCACAGGCACCUGUUCGUCAGAGUGCUUAUGCUCUUGUUGGAGACCUUGCGAUGGGAUGCUUCCAGCUCCUACGUCCUCAUCUGCCUGCCAUCAUGGCGGAGCUCAUCGAACAGCUUGACCCUGAGCCCAAGGUUGAGUUCAUCAGUGCAUGCAAUAACGCAGCUUGGUCUGUCGGGGAAGUAGCGUUGCGCUAUGGGCGUGACGACCCGGAGUUCCAGCAAUGGGUUAACCCUCUCAUCGCACGUCUCAUUCCUAUCUUGCUGCACCCGAAGGCUCCACGUAGCCUUCACGAGAACGCUGCUGUGUCCAUUGGGAGGAUUGGGCUGAUGCAUCCCAAUGUUGUCGCUCCCCAUUUGCCCGAGUUUGCACAAGCAUGGUGCUUAGCAUUGUAUGAGAUUCGUGAUAAUGAAGAAAAAGACUCUGCGUUCCGCGGUCUAUGUACUCUUGUGCAGACCAACCCAGCGGGCAUUGCUAAGAGUCUUCUCUGGUUCUGCAAUGCCAUCAUCAGGUGGCAUCAACCCUCGGCAGAGCUGAAUUCGAUGUUCCAACAACUGUUGUCUGGUUUCAAGCACCACGAUGAGGCAGGUUGGGCCGCACAGGUUUCGAGCUUCCCUCCUGUAAUCCAGGAGCGCCUCGCUACGCGAUAUGGUGUAUAG